GCUGGGUCCUCGGCCAUGGCUCACAGGCCGAAAAGAACGUUCCGGCCGCGCCGAGCCGACUCUAGUGACAGCGACGGCGCCCAGGAGACAUUUGCUGAACCCGGGGAGACUGGGGAGCAGGCGGCCCGAGGCCCCGCGGUGGAAGGGCCGCCGUCUGGAAGAGGCCACGCGGAGGUGGCUGAACUGCUCCGCCGGGGCCGGGGCCGGGGCCGGGGCCGUCGCCGCGGCCGGGCCUGGGCUAGUUCGCGGCGCGCCGCAACAGCGGCUCCGCGCUUGGACGGAUCCUCAGACGUCCCAGAAUCCAGAAUGGUUGAUCUUUCAGCCGACGAAGAGGAUGGAGCACACCAUUCUUCAGAAAGUAAAGAUGAUCAGAGUUCAUCUCCCAACGGCUCUAGGACCCUGGAGGACGAGUUUUCAUCAGUAGUAGAUAUCCCUGAUGCAGCUUUUAUUCAAGCAACCUACGGAAAAUGCAAAUUGGCCAGGGCCCAAGAGGACUAUAUUUCUUUGGAUGUAAAACAUGCCUUCACCAAAUCUGGUAUGAAGAAAAACAGUGAAGAUUCUGAAAGUGAGCCUGAUGAUUUUAAAGAUAUAACGCCAUUUACCCUGAAGCCUCAAACACUUAGACAAAGAAUGGCUGAAGAGACAAAAACUAGAAAUGAAGAAACAAGUGAUGAUAGUCAAGAUGAAAAAAAUCAAGAUAUUUGGGAGCAGCAGCAGAUGAGGAAAGCUGUUAAAAUCACAAAGGGACAAGACAUAGAUCUUUCUUAUAGCCGUGAAUCUCAAACAGUGAAGAAGUUUGAUGCUUCCGUUUCAUUUCCACCAGUAAGUUUAGAAAUUAUAAAGAAGCAACUAAAUACUAGAUUAACAUUACUACAGGAUACUCACCGCUCACAUCUAAGAGAAUAUGAAAAGUACAUACAAGAUAUCAAGAGCUCAAAGACUACCAUCCAGAACCUAGAGAAUUCAUCAAAUCAAGCUCUAAGUUUUAAAUUCUAUAAGAGCAUGAAAAUUUAUGUGGAAAAUUUAAUUGACUGUCUUAAUGAAAAGAUUAUCAACAUCCAAGAAAUAGAAUCAGCCAUGCAUGCACUCCUUUUAAAACAAGCCAUGAUCUUUAUGAAACGCAGGCAAGAUGAGUUAAAACAUGAAUCAGCGUAUUUACAACAGUUAUCAUGCACACCUGAGACAUCAAUAAAUAAUAGCUUGGCUAUAGAUGAAAAAACUCAAUGGAUUUUAGAAGAGGUUGAAUCUCGAAGGGCACGAAGAAGACAAGCAAGGAUUCUUUCUGGGAAUUGUACUCAUGAAGAAGGAACAUCUAGUGAUGAUGAAUUGUCUUCAGCAGACAUGAUUGACUUCCAAAAAAGCCAAGGUGACAUUUUACAGGAUCAUAAGAAGAUUUUUGAAGAUGUGCACAGUGAUUUUUGUAAUAUCCAGAAUAUUUUAUUGAAAUUUCAACAAUGGCGAGAAAAGUUUCCUGAUUCUUACUAUGAAGCUUUCAUUAGUUUAUGCAUUCCGAAGCUUUUAAAUCCCCUAAUACGAUUUCAAUUGAUUGAUUGGAACCCUCUUAAGUUUGAUUCCAUAGGUUUAAAACAGAUGCCAUGGUUCACAUCUAUAAAAGAAUUUAUAGAUUGCAGUAUGGAAGAUUCAAAGAAGAAAGAUAGUUCUGAUAAGAAAAUCUUGUCUACUGUCAUCAACAAAACAGUUAUUCCUCGACUUACAGGCUUUGUAGAAUUCAUUUGGGAUCCCUUGUCAACCACACAGACAACAAGUUUAGUAACACAGUGCAGAAUGAUUCUUGAAGAACAUUCCACUUGUGAAAAUGAAGUUAAUAAAGGCAAACAGGAUUUACUUAAAUCCAUUGUUUCAAGAAUGAAGAAGGCAAUAGAAGAUGAUGUUUUUAUUCCUCUGUAUCCAAAGAGUGCUGUAGAAAACAGAACAUCACCACAUUCAAAGUUUCAAGAAAGACAGUUCUGGUCAGGUCUAAAGCUCUUCGGCAAUAUUCUUCUUUGGAAUGAACUCCUCCCAGAAGACAUCUUGCAAGAGCUAGGACUAGAGAAGCUGCUGAAUCGUUACCUUAUUAUAGCUCUUCUCAAUGCCAUACCUGGCCCAGAUGUUGUUAAAAAGUGCAGCCGGAUAGCAGCAUAUUUACCAGAAAAGUGGUUCCAAAACUCUGCUAUGAGAACGUCCAUUCCCCAGCUAGAAAAUUUCAUCCAGUUUUUACUGCAGUCUGCACGUAAAUUAUCUAGAAAUGAAAUCAGGGAUGAAGUCAAAGAAAUAAUUCUUAUCCUGGUGAAAAUAAGAGCUUUGAAUCAAGCAGAAUCCUUCAUAGAAGAAUAUCACCUAGACCAUCUUAGAUCAGUAAUUAAAGAAUUUGAGUAAACUUUAUAGGAAAGUACUAAAAUGAGAUUUUAAUAUAGUCACACUUGGCUAUUUUGCUUGUAGAAAAAGAAAAAAAGGUGUUGCCUUUUCUUUAUUCCCAGUAAUGGAGGAGAGAAUUUCCUAAACCAAAAGAAUAGCACUCUGUCCUUCCAUUCCCUCCAUAUUCUGCCUUCUGGUAUCAUGAAAGACUGACCUUCCCCUUUUUGAGUGUUUGCAGAAAUUAAACACACAGGAACAGUAGGAGUUUAAUGUAUUUCCAUUUGAUUCUUCUGAUGACGUUUCCAGUUUAAGAAAGAACUUGAAGCUUAUUGUAGCUGCUUUGGCUUUGGUGAGUCUUCUGUCCUGAACCAUAAAAACAUCUUUUAGUUCUCUUCAUUUUAGCAAUCUCUGUUUUUAACCCAUUUGUGAGUUAAAAUGAAAAUCUUAAUUGGAAUGAAUUACUUAUUAAGAAUUCUGAUUAAGGCAUUUUAAAGCUACUAAUGCUUGUCAGAUUGUGCUUCAGAAUCUAUACCAGUAUAUUGUUCUAACACAAGUCUGAGAACAGCCAAUGAAUCUCUGCCAGCAGUAUUUUUUUUAACUCAUUUGUACUUAAUAGGUGAAAAAAAAUCUUAUUUUAAUUAUUUAUAUUGACUAUUAGAGAGUGCCUACUUGUUUUCUUAGUCAUUUGUAAUUCUUUUGAAGUAUCUGUUUUUUCUUUAUGGAUUUGUAAGAGCUUUAUAUUUUAAAGAUACUGAUGGUUUGGCAGUCCAGUGGUUAGGACUCUGCACUUUCACUGCAGAGGGCAUGGGUUUGACCCCUGGUCAGGGAAUUAAGAUCCCACAAGCCACAUGGUAUGGCCAAAAAAUGAGAACAAAACAAAAAGGUAACUGAUGUUGUGCCCAUUCUGUGUUACAGUUUUCCUCAUUUGCUGUUUUCUUUAAAUUUGUGUAUGAAUUUUGGUGUACUAAGUUAUUGCUUGUUCGAUAGUUACUACUGUAUUUUGUUAUGCUUUUUUUGUGUGUCAUUGGUAAUAGGCUUAGAGAGGAAACAAGUAUUUUAAAUAUUCGGAACAUAUGAUUCAUUUUUUUUAAAUGUGUGUGAUUAAGAAUGUGAGGCAAGAUCAUUGAAUCAAAAAGAAAUUGAGAACAUUUUUCACAGUGAGUUUACUGAUAAUUUUUCUUAAAUCUAUUUGUUUAAAUAACUUUCAGGAAGUCUUAAAUGUAUCCUGCAAAUUGUUGCCCAAAAGAUAAAUCAGGAAAAAGUUGGUUAUAUGUCCGGUUUAAUAGUUUGAAUAAAGAACCAGCCUUUGAACUCUAUAUGUAGAGUUUGAGCGUGUGGCUUCUAACAUCAUUAACACUAGUUUUGAAGCUGCAUGUAAUAAAUUUUCGCAGAGUGGUAUGUGAUUUCUAGUAUAGUGAAGAUUCGUGAUUCACUGGUAUGAACAGUUUCUUAAAGUUUAUUUUAGUUACACAAAUUAUACAGAACAGAAUCUCAUCUAGAAAAUUCAAGCCAUUGCUAAAAAAAGUCAAGUUUUCUUACACAAUUAUUAUUCCCAGAGGCAACUGCUGUUUUCACUUUGUUAUCCUUUCAGAACUUUUCUCUACUUAAAAAGUAUGUGCACAUGUAUCUAUACACAGCUUUAUUUUUUAUAUAAGUGGCAAAUAUUUUAUUGUGUAUUAAAUUUGUACUUUUUUAUCGUUAAAAGUGUACAUCACCUGAAAUUUCCCUAUGAUUUUUGCCUUUGUAAUUAAAGGUGUGUUAGAUGAUUCCUUACAUUUUUAACUUAGGUAGAGAAUUUCUCUUGCUUUUUGUAGAAUUGAAAAUAUUAGAACUACUUUUAAAACUGCAAAUUGAUUUAAACUCCCAGUAGUUUUGAAAUUUCACUAUGCUUGGGGUUUGAAUCUCAGGAUUUUUAUCCAUCAUAUACUGUAACUAAGGAUAUUCAAAAACAUUUGUGGAGAUUGCCUAAUCCUCAAUGCAGAGUUCUUUUUUUUUUUUUUCUUGUUACUGUGAAAUGGAUGAAGAAGUGGAAUGGAAUGAAGAAGAGAAAUGCCAGCUAACAAAAACAAGCCUUUGAGUUAACAGCUUAACUCACAUCUCAGUUCUUUCUCUGGAUUUUUUCAGGUUUUUGUUCACUUAAAGACUGUAAAAUUUUUACAGAAUCAGAUAAAUUACCUUUUUGUUUUUACUUUUUUAUAUGGCUUUUAGGAACUUUCCAGUGGCCAUGAAAAUAUACCUGAGAACAGUUGUGUUAUUUUAUGUAGAUGACUUCUAAGAAAUACCAUAUGUGAUAUGAAAUCUGAAAAAGAUAUCACAAGAAAAUAGACCAAUAUUCCUCAUGAAUAUAGGAAUAAAAGUCCUUCAAAUACUAGCAAACUGAACCCAGCAAUGUAUAAAAAGGAAAAUAAUAAUACAUUAUGACCAAAUAGGUUUUAUUCCAGGAAGAGAAGUUCGGCUUAACAUUAGAAAUUUAAUCAGUAUAAUUCACCUAUGAACAGAAUAAAAGAGGAAAACCAUACGAUCAUCCAAUGAUUACAGAAAAGCACUGGACAAAAUUCAACACCCUCUCCCAGUACAAAAACAGGAAUAUAAAUUAUUUAAUAAAGAGCAUCUGUAAAAGAACAUCCAUAUUUAUCAUCAUACUUAAUGGUAAAAUAUUAAUGCAAGGAUGUCUGCUCUCACCUUUUCUGUUCAGCAUUGUUCUGUAGGUCCUAACCAUGCAGUCAGUCAAGAAAAAGACAUAAGGGUUAAAACACAAGAGUUGAAUCAUUAUUCUCAAGUGACAAGAUUGUUUACAUAGAAAACCUUAUGCACUCUACCAAAAAAAAAGAAAAAAUUGAAUUUAGCAAGAUCUUACAAAACUCAAAGCCUAAGAACAUACUAGUGAUCUAAGUGGAAACAAGUUUUAAAGCAAUAAUACUUCAGUAGGCUUGAAAAACAUCACAUAUCUAGGAAUAAAUCUAUAGAAAGACUGUGCACUGAGUAGUACACAAAUUGCUGAGGGAAAAAAAAUGUACAAACCUAAAUAAAAAGAUAGACAUCAUGUUUAUGAAUUGGAAAACUCAGGUACUGUUUCAGGUAUCUUCUUCUUAUAUUGAUUAAUAUCGAUUGUUAUGCAAUUCCUAUCAAAAUUCUAUCAGACUUUUAAAAAAAAGAACAAAGUGAUUGAUUAAAAUACAUAAAAAUUGAAGUUUAUCUAGAUGUACAGAGACCUAAAAAUAGCCAAAACUAUCUUGAAACAGAACAACAAAUUGGAAGACUUGUUCUUUCUGAAUUCAGGACUUACUAUAAAGCUACAAUGAUCAAGUCUUUGGUAUUAGGAUAAGAAUAAACUAAUACAUCAGCGGAACAAAAUCAAGAGUCCAGGAACAGACCUAAAUAUACAUAAUCAAUUUUUGACCACAGUAUCAUGUUAAUAUAUCAGAAAAGGAGAGUAUAACAAUAUUGGUAGAACAAUUGAAUAAGAAACAGAAUGAGCCUCAACCCUUAUUUUCUACACACCCACACAGGUGAAUCAAAGCUAAAUGUAAAGCCUAGAGACAAAAGCUUGCAAGGAGAAACAUAGACUGUCUUUGACACUGGAAUAGAUGAAAGAUUUCAUGGGGUAGGGCACAGAAGACACUAACCAAAAAAGAAAAAAAGGAUAAGUUGGGGGGAAAAAAAAGAAGGAUAAGUUGGACUUUUUUAAAAUUUAAAAUUUAUUCAAAAGUAUUCUACACCUUAGAGCCACAGCAGGACGGAAAGAGGGGCACAAUCAUGAUAAAAGUCAAAUCCCAUGCUCGCCAGGUGGGUGUCCCAUAAACUGGAGACCAGUAAUAUCAAAGAAAUUCUCCCACUGUUUUGAAGGUUCUGAACCACAUGUCAGGCUUCCCACCCUGGGGACCUGAUAAAUGGACUGGGAAUCCCCAGGGAAUCUGACUUUGAGGGCCAGAGGGAUUUGAUUACAAGACUUCCACAGGACUGGGGAAAAGAGAACCUCCAGUCUUGGCGGGCACAAACAAAACCUUGCACUCACCAAGACUCAGAGGAAAGAAGCAGUGACCUCACAGGAGGCUGGACCAAAACAACUUGCUGGUGUUGGGGGGUCUCUUGUGGGGGUGUCGGUCGGCAGGGGCUCACCGCAGGAUGGGGGCACUGGCAGCAGCAGUCUGGGAAGGUCCCUCCCUGGUGUAAACCCUCUUCAAGGUCCCCAUUAACCCGACCAUGGAGCUGGGUCACCUCAGGCCAAAAAACUCCCAGAGAGGGAGUGCCGCCCCACCAGUCAGCAGGCAACUAUUAAAGCUUUACUGAGCAAGACCCUGCCUACCAGAGAAAGACCUAGUUUUUCCCACUAUCAGUCCCUCCCAUCAGAAAGAUUACAUACGCCUCUUAACCUCCUCCAUUAGAGGGCAGACAGAAGCCGCAAGAAGAACCACAGUCCCCUAGUGGCUAACAAACCACA